CCUUGCGGAAGAUAGGUAGAAUGGCGGAUCUGUAAUUGAACGUUUUGUGCGACUUAUUUUUCUACGGAGAUUUUUGUCCUCCUGAAUAUAUAUAUGCUUAUUUUAGUAGGUUUACUUUGAAGAUAAGGGACUGAAGACUACAGGAUUGAAGUUUGAGAGUGUUCUGUGCUUCCCUGAAAAAAUUCUGACAGACGGAAAACGCCGGGAUGGCAGAGGACGGAUUUUAGGCAGCGCCAGCCAUGUUUGCAGUCAAGGUGUUUUGAGAAGGGAAACUGCGGACUUCGACCGGGAAAAUUGGCUAUUAUUCGGGACCUGAAUCACGAUGUCGGACCCGUCAGAAUGCAGCAUCAAGGUGGUGUGCCGGUUUCGGCCCAUGAACGCCGCGGAGACGGCGGCCGGCUCCAGACCCAUCUCCAAAUUCCCUGCUGACGACACAGUUAACAUCCAGGGCAAAGUAUUCACCUUUGACAGAGUAUUCAAGCCAACAACAACACAAGAACAAGUCUACAACCUCGCCGCCAAAGCGAUCGUCAAAGAUGUACUGGAAGGCUACAAUGGAACAAUAUUCGCAUAUGGACAGACGUCCAGUGGGAAAACACAUACAAUGGAGGGUGUGCUACAUGACUUUUCACAGCGGGGCAUCAUUCCACGUAUUGUGGACGACAUCUUCAACCAUAUCUACAGUAUGGAUGAAAACCUUGAGUUCCAUAUAAAGGUUUCUUAUUUUGAAAUUUACAUGGACAAAAUUAGGGAUCUCCUCGAUGUACAAAAGACAAACCUGUCGGUACAUGAAGACAAGAAUAGGGUUCCCUACGUGAAGGGCGCAACUGAGCGGUUUGUGUCAAGUCCAGAGGAGGUGAUGGACACAAUAGAUGAAGGCAAAAACAACAGACAUGUGGCUGUAACAAACAUGAACGAGCACAGCUCCCGCAGCCACAGUAUCUUCCUCAUCCAUGUCAAGCAGGAGAACCUGGAGACUGAGAAGAAGCUGCACGGAAAGCUCUACCUGGUCGACUUGGCUGGUAGUGAAAAGGUGAGCAAGACUGGUGCUGAGGGCACUGUGCUGGAUGAAGCCAAGAACAUCAACAAAUCUUUGUCUGCCCUGGGAAACGUUGUCUCUGCAUUAGCUGAAGGAAAGAAAGCGUACAUCCCCUAUCGAGACAGCAAGAUGACCAGAAUCCUCCAGGAGGCGCUGGGUGGUAACUCGCGUACCACCAUCAUCAUCUGUGCUUCCCCGUCCUCCUACAACGAGUUCGAGACCAAGUCCACCCUCAUGUUCGGCCAGCGAGCCAAGACAAUCAAGAACACGGUUACCGUCAACCUGGAGCUUACCGCUGAGGAAUGGAGGAAAAAGUACGAGAAGGAGAAGGAAAAGAACGCAAAGCUGCGCGCUUUGCUGCAGCGGUACGAGGCUGAGGUGUCCAAGUAUGGGCUUGAAACCUUAGAUCUUACUGAUCCUGCCCUUCUAGACACACAAUGUGAUGCUGUCCCUGUGGACGUACUGAAGGGUAUCCUGUCUGACAAGUCUGCCGUGGUGGACAACACCCCCGCACCGCCCACCAUCGAGGCCGUGAACAACAACGCCAACGUCCAGGCUGUGGCCGUGAGCGAUGAAGAGAUGCGCAAGUUUGAGGAGGAGAGAACUCAGCUGUACCUGCAGCUGGAUGAGAAGGACAACGAGAUUAGCCAGCAGAGCGUGAUGGUGGAGAAGUUGAACUGCCAGAUGAUGGAACAGAACGAGCUGCUCAACCAGACUCGGCGGGACUUUGAGACCCUCCAGAUGGAGAUGAACCGGCUGCAGUCUGAGAAUGAUGCAGCAAAGGAGGAGGUGAAGGAGGUUCUUCAGGCCCUUGAGGAGCUGGCUGUCAACUACGACCAGAAGUCGCAGGAGGUGGAGGAGAAGAUGAAGGAGAAUGAACAGCUGAAUGAUGAACUCAGCCAAAAACAGACCUCUCUACGGAGUACUGAAGGGGAACUGCAGACCAUCAAGGAGGUCCAGACCCACCAGCGCAAGCGGGUCAGCGAGAUGAUGGUCAGUCUGCUGAAGGACCUGGGCGAGAUCGGUCUGACUCUGGGCACCAAACCCGCAGAUACAAAUAUCCAGCCAGGAAAAUUUUCAGAGAACACAUCUGGGGAGGUGAACGGAAAGAUUGAAGAGGAGUUCACAAUGGCUCGACUCUUUGUCAGCAAGAUGAAGUCAGAGGUGAAGGCACUGGCAACGAGAUGUCAGACCCUGGAGACCACCAACAUCGACUGUAACAAGAAGAUGGAUGAGAACGAGAAGGAACUGGGUCAAUGUAGGAUGCUCAUUCAACAGCAUGAGGUGAAGAUGAGGAGUCUGAUUGAGUCCAUGAAGGACGUCGAGCACAAGAAGCGUUCCCUGGAGGAGUCCGUGGAUUCCUUGAACGAAGAACUGGCCCAGCUGCACUCACAGGAGGAAUUACGUGUCGCUGCCCUUCGUGACAAGGAAGAGAAGCAUGCAGAGAAGAUCGAGAGCACUCUUCAGAUGAAGUCAACCCUGGAGAAGCAGAUUGAGAGCCACCGUGAAGCACACCAGAAACAGGUGGCACGGCUCAGGGAUGAGAUCGAGCAAAAACAGGGACACAUCGACCAACUCAGAGACCAAAACCAGAAGAUGAUUCUGGAGCAUGAGAAGCUGCAGAGUGACUAUGAGAAGCUGAAGGAGGAGGAGGCAGAGAAGUCCAGGAAACUGGCUGAGCUCACCCUGCAGACAGACCGGCGCCAGCAGGCCCAGGCUGACUUGAAAGGUUUGGAGGAGACUGUGGCUAAGGAACUGCAGACCCUCCACAACCUGCGCAAGCUGUUUGUUCAAGACCUCCAACAGCGCGUUAAAAGAUCCCAAAACAACGAAGAUGACGACACUGGGGCCAGUGCUGCCCAGAAACAGAAAAUAUCCUUUCUUGAGAACAACUUGGACCAGCUUACAAAAGUUCAUAAGCAGUUGGUCCGUGAUAAUGCAGAUCUCCGUUGUGAGCUUCCAAAGCUGGAGAAACGUCUUCGGGCUACGGCUGAGCGAGUUAAGUCCCUGGAGGCUGCACUAAAGGACGCCAAGGAGGGAGCCAUGAGGGACAGGAAGAGAUACCAGCAUGAGGUGGACCGUAUCAAGGACGCUGUGCGCCAGAGGAACAUGGCCCGUAGGGGACACGGUGGGGCCCAAGUUGCUAAGCCCAUCCGUCCAGGCCAGCCCAUUGGAGCAGGAAUCCGUGGUGGCGGUGGCAGCCCAGGGAUGUCCAACGGCCCCAGCAUCCGUGGGGGCAGCGGCCUGUCACCCUCUCGUGAGCAGAACCCAAACAUCAUGAACUCUCCCACCUCACCCCGUGGGGAUGCUGAAUCUUCUCGCAAACUGCCCAACGUUCCCGUCGCUCUGCCCAACAGAGGAGAAACUGGUGUGAGGAUGUCAGAUGCUGCUGACUUCAAGGACGCCAUGCGGUCUUCCCGGGCCCGCAAGCUGCCCACUGGUGGGCCUGGCGUGCCUGCUGUUCAGGUGGUUCCCAGAAGUACAACAGUGAAGGAAAGCCAGUGAAUCUUCAGAAGCCAAGAGUUGAAGUGUUUUCCACACCACCAUUACUACUCAACAACCAUGGUCACCGCAACACCCCACAACAAUGAGACUACUUGAAGAAUUAUACAGAAAGCUCCUAUCCACAGAUGUCUUUAGUAUAUCCUGUUAAGGAUAAGAACAGUAACAUACAAUAGUUUGGGAUGCUUAUGACCAAAAAAGAAUCAAACAAGCUAUGAUGAAAUCUAAAAAAUGGCAGGUGGGAAAGCACAAAUGUUAAGAUAAGAUUAACCAAAGUUACCAAGAUUUCACAAUGGCCCACAACAUAUGCACUGUAGAACUCUAUAAAAAGGAUCUUGGAAAAUCCCUUCCAAAAGUGUAAGAUAAGAUGUUGACUGCAAAAUGACUUGCAAGUUAGUGUAAAUCCUAAUGAACUGAAGAAGUGAAGCUUGUAAUCAAUUCUUGUCACGUCACGUAGGGCCGCUUGUUUGUACUUCUCCUUUAGAUCUUCUCAGACGUGGUCUUGAGGCAGUGUUACUGCGUGCGAGUGAAUGAGUGAAUUGUAACUGCUGCCGGACACUAAAACAAGCCACAUUGCUGAUAAUUUGAGACCCUUGAUGUACAGAUGGCUAUGUAAAGCUAAAUUCCAACCAAACACAAAAUGCCUAGGUUUGGUAGCAACUACAAAUGCGUAAGUCAGUCCACACCGUGUGCAUCAGGCAAAGUGAAUAGAACACAAUUGUUGAACAUCUUAACUAAUGAAAAACUGCUUCUAGAUACGUGGAGACAACUAACAACACUUUCUGGUACCAGAUUCAGAGUUGCUUGCUUGUGGAGAUUGGAAAACACCGGCUUGAUGGCUAUCAAGAACAUUGGAAUAACCAACUGGUAGAGCAUGUUGUAAGAUAAUGUUAGCAUCUGAUAGUACUGCACUGUUUUUCAACGCAUUGUGGGGUAACGUGUCGCAUUGUGUAAUAUGCACCUCUGUAGCAAGAAUUAGUAGUGGCUGUAUAAAAACGAAACAAAUAUCACAAAUGAAACUGCAGAUUUGUAGCAAAAUUGUUGCAGUUGCUUUGGCAGGUACAGGAAGUGAUAAGCCAGUGAGACACAACAUUUUCCAAGCACAAGUAAGAAAGGAUUUAGGAAAGAAUUGCUGUAAAUAGAUUCAGUGGAAUAUAAUUGGAAAUGAUAAGGUAUCUGUGCUAUUGCUCAGCAUAUGAUGUGUGUGUUUCAAUUAAGAAAUAAGCGCUGUCGUUGUGGGAAUAGGGUGAGGUGCAAAGUAGUUGCGAAGAAAGUUCUGUCCUUACAAAAUGUAUAGUAUAUCAAUGUUCUCUUCCAACUGUGUGGAUCUCAUAGGACAUAGGAACACAGACACGCCAGCAAAUGCAUGUCAAAUGAGUGUUUCAACCAAAUUGUACUUGUUCAUUACUCCAGCACAGUCCAUAGUAAGAGAGGCACACAGGGGACAGCUAGAAAUUGCCUGUUGAAAACUAAAAGCAAAACAGUUGGUUAUUCCAAGAAAUUGCUCGCUGCUAGCUUUGCCUGCCUUUGGUAUCUGAGAAAAUGCUCUACAUGUUCACAUGUGUUAAGUGGUAAGGAAAAAAAAGAUGUUCAAAUUGUGUGUUUGUGUGUGUGGAUGUUUUACUGCAAAGAAGAUCAACAAUAAUGCUUCAUAUUGAUGUACAAGCUCCAUAAGAAACUAUAGUAAGGAAGCUUGUACUGUCUCCCUUAUUUUCCUGUUUGUAGGGUUAGGUAGUAACACAUUGGUGUGUAAGGUGAAAUGCCUGCCCUGUGUAAUUAUGUGUAAAUUUGGUCACCAUUGUAGGCAUUUUGACUGUAUGGUAUUUUAAUCAAAUCAGAAUGGUAUGUUUACCUGAGCAAGGGUUCAAAAGAAAUCACAGGACUCUGCUCUGUUCUUGAAAAAAGUUUAUGUAUGUAUAAUCAAAAUUUUACUAUUAUUGUGGAUAGCAUACUUUUCUGGAAAAUGUUUGAUUUGAUAAGGGUUGACAAUGCAUUUAUCAUCUUUAUUUAGCAUCUAUAUAAUAUACAAUGUGGAUUGUAAGUUGAAUUUCAUGUGAUCUUCCACUGUGUGUCUCGAGGUCCCUCCAACACGCUACUGGAUGAUUGAAUCAAGGGAAAUUGUUGUUGGAGGACUUAUAAAUAUGGCUUGAAUUGUAAUUUAUUAGGUUGUGUAUGAGAGAGCGAACCUUAGUUUUGUGUACAAUAUAGCUGUCUGCAAGGUGGGCUGAUUGUGACUGAAUACACAAGUCCUGGCUAUUUGUAUGGUGGUUGUUGAGUCCCAAAGACAGAAAAGGAACUCUGUCAUAUCUUCAGGAAUGCAAGUACAUGUACUGUUUAUUUCCUGCUGUUGGUCCCAGGAAUCUCACAAAUAAGUCAAAAUUUGAUUAGGGAAAAAAGUGACAAUUCAGAACAAAAAUAAAUGGCCUCUAAUAGUUACAAUAUGGCUCCCAGAUUCCAAACAAAACAGUUUCAAUAGAGCCUAACAGGGUACCUUCUUAUGCGAUCUCGAACACGGCCAGCCAACCGUUGUACUUGGGACAGGGAGGAAUAAUGCUGGGCUCUAGCUGUGCGAAAAAUGAGAGUCAAACUGUACAUACUAUUGGUAGCACAAACCCUCUAGAUAAUCCCCAAACAUGCUGGUCAUACAUUUCAACAUUUACUGCCUUGAAGUUCCUGAGGAACACUCAUGUUUUUCUCUCCAACAAAUUUUUAAAGGGAAGGUAAAAUGUUACAAUAAACCUGGUCAGGAUACAUGUCUUUGGCUAUCCAGCGUAAAUCUUACACCAGGCAUAAAAGUUCCCAUUUCAACACCUUGCUGUUCAGAUAUCCAGGACUUUGUGCAUUCCAGUAGGUGAAGAGAUGAGGGUAAGAGAUCUUGAAAGACUGGUGUGUACAUGUUACUAUGACAACAAGUAUUAUACCUAGUGUAUGCCUCCAUGUGUUGAGUCAGGAAUACUUGUCCUCUUCUGAAAGCUUCGUUCACUGCUCAGGCCACAUGACUAUGGAGUGAAGUGCAGUUCCAAGUGCAAGGUUUAAGGUAUUCCAUCGUAGGCUCUGCCCUUGAGGUGUAGCCAAAAAUUGAGGAUCUGUAUUGUUACUGCUGAAGGAAUGCAGGAAUGUGUUCUGUAUAUGGUAUUUUCCGCUGAAGGGUUGUUGUACACUUUGUGUUGCAGAAGAUGAGCGCAAACAUGGUCUUGGCAGUCAGCAUAGCUGAGAGAGGAAAGAUGCUAGAAAUCCGCCUGUAAUUGAAGUAAAAAAAGAAGCUGUAAUAAAUUAUGCAUACCAUGUUGCGA